AUGACUCAGAAUGUGCCAAGUGUUCCUAUAAUGACUCAGAAUGUGCCGAGUGUUCCUAUAAUGACUCAGAAUGUGCCGAGUGUUCCUAUAAUGACUCAGCAUGUGCCGAGUGUUCCUAUAAUGACUCAGAACGUGCCAAGUGUUCCUAUAAUGACUCAGAAUGUGCCGAGUGUUCCUAUAAUGACUCAGAAUGUGCCAAGUUUUCCUAUAAUGACUCAGAAUGUGCCAAGUGUUCCUAUAAUGACUCAGAAUGUGCCAAGUGUUCCUAUAAUGACUCAGAACGUGCCAAGUGUUCCUAUAAUGACUCAGAAUGUGCCGAGUGUUCCUAUAAUGACUCAGAAUGUGCCAAGUUUUCCUAUAAUGACUCAGAAUGUGCCAAGUGUUCCUAUAAUGACUCAGAAUGUGCCAAGUGUUCCUACAAUGACUCAGAAUGUGCCAAGUGUUCCUAUAAUGACUCAGAAUGUGCCAAGUGUUCCUAUAAUGACUCAGAAUGUGCCAAGUGUUCCUAUAAUGACUCAGAAUGUGCCAAGUGUUCCUAUAAUGACUCAGAAUGUGCCGAGUGUUCCUUUAAUGACUCAGAAUGUGCCAAGUGUUCCUAUAAUGACUCAGAAUGUGCCAAGUUUUCCUAUAAUGACUCAGAAUGUGCCAAGUGUUCCUAUAAUGACUCAGAAUGUGCCAAGUGUUCCUAUAAUGACUCAGAAUGUGCCGAGUGUUCCUAUAAUGACUCAGAAUGUGCCAAGUGUUCCGUCAAGGUAA